GGCGGGGCGCGCCUAGGUGAGUGAGUCGCCCCCCUCAAGCCUCCAGCACCCCUGCUCCGGGUACCGGUGCCAGCUUCCCCUUCUGGCCCUUGGCAGCGCAGGCUCCGCGGCAGGCUGCACCGCGGCGGGGCUAGACCCAGUGCGGCUCCAUCUUGGCGCCGGGCACCUGUGGCGGCCGCAGGAGCAGCGCUUCCGCCGGCCUGUGCGGCCCUGGAGGCGACAGGGCAGCCAUGAGUUCUAGCCAUCGUGAACCAGGUGCCCGGGAACCCCAGAGUCCCCGUCCACAGGCCCUGUCCCAGAGUUCUUCCAGCUUGUUGUGUGAAGGCCGGGAGCAGAGGCCAGAGCUUCGCAAGAGUGCCAGCAGCACCGUAUGGCAAGCCCAGCAGGGUGAGGCUGGUUCUAGUCCCCGGACCCUGCAGGAGGAGGGGUGCCAGACCGAGAUCCCGGAACAGGCGCAGACCACAAGCACUGCAUCCCAGGCUGGGGCUGGAGGCCACUGGAGGAGCAGCACUGUUGGUAAUGUGUCUACCAUGGGCAUCGGCGACCUGUGUCGCCUACGGGCCCCCAGCGUGGCAGCUGUGCAGAGAAGCCACUCAGACUUGGUCCAUAAUACCAGAGGUCAUGGCAGUGUUCAGAAACCCAGUCUGAGCUGUUCUGCCCUGGGCAGCUCACCUGUCCACAGGGCCCAGCUGCAGCCUGGCAGUGUUGCUGCUGGCCAAGGUGGCCAGACCCCUGCAUCCCUGCAGAGUGACUCAGCUCCAGAGGAUGGGACAUCUAAAUCAACCUGCACAUUGGGGGAGAGUCAGGUGUGGGUGCCAACUGUAGAACUGGAAGAUACAACCGGCCUCCUCCAUGGUCCCCAGGGUGAGCCCAAAGCGACUGGACAGCCACCUACCACUUCCUGCCACGCUCUGCCUCCGGCAGCUCUGCUCUGCACCCUGGGGGAGGCUGUAGCUGGUAGCUGCUGCCAUGCCCUGCCUGCCAGAGGUAUCCUGGCCUUUCCCAAACUGGUGGCAUCAGUCAGUGAGUCUGGUUUGCAGGCCCAGUGUGGGAUGAAAUUCCACUGUAACUUGUCUGGGGGGAUUUCUGGGCACCCUCACUGCUGUGUUCACCCUUGGGGGCCUACGGGGCUAGCCACAGAGUCUGGCUCCAGGACCAAAGAUGUGUGGACCAUGACCUCAGCCACCGAUUUGGCUCUGGGUGUGGCAUCGGCCCAGGAUGCCGGGGUUCAGGCAGCUCCCGUGGCAGCCUGCAAGGCUGUGGCUACCAGCCCAUCCCUGGAAGCGCCUGAGACGCUGAACCUAUUUCCAGAGGUAAUGCUGGGGUCCGGCCUGCGACAAGCGUCAUCACCUGUGAGGGAUGUACGAUGGGAUGCCGAGGGCAUGACAUGGGAGGUGUAUGGAGCCUCCGUGGACCCUGAGGUGCUCGGCAUCGCCAUUCAGAAGCACCUGGAGAUGCAGUUUGAGCAGCUGCAGCAGGCACCAGCUAGUGAGGACAGCCUGUCCGCGGAGGGCCGGAGGGGCCCCCUGCGGGCGGUCAUGCAGUCGCUGCGGCGCCCCAGCUGCUGUGGCUGCUCUGGAGCGGCUCCAGAAUGAGGAAUUGUGACCCCGGAACUGGCCACGACUCUAGACUUGGUCCUAGGCCAGUGACAGGCACAGUGGAGACUCCAUGCCACCGGGACCCACCUUCUAACUUGAAUACCAGCCUUGCUCCGCGCUUGUGGUUCUAUGCAGCAGGGCUGUCUUUUAAGGGCUUGAUUCCCAAGAGCCACUUCUCUGUCCAUUCUGGGCUCUGAACUGUGGGACAGGGAUUUUGCACUGUACAGAAGUGAAAUCCUGACUUCUUUCCUGUGAAAGUACUUAGAACCUUUUGUUUAGUCUGUCCCACAGACCUUUGCUAUCACUCCCCUGGGACUCUUGGUGGUUUUAUUUUUACUAGGAUU